CCAAAUGCUAUGUAAUUUUCGCAAAUAGCUCUCGCAAAUAACACUGCAAAUAAGUAUUGCUUUCACGAAAGUUUCUCUCGAGUGCAACGCGCCCCAACAUGGCUACAGCCGAGCAGCUCGUGGCCCAAACUCUGCAGGCUGCCACAAAUCCAAAUCCCGAAAUCGUUCAAAAAGCCGAAGCACAGCUGAGCCAAUGGGAAAUAGAACCGGGCUUCUUUCCGACCAUCGCCCGGCUAAGCAUGAAACUGUCCAGUGGCGGUGGGGAGAAUGCGACUUCCAACAUCGCCUCGGACGAAGUCAAUGUGCGCUGGAUGGCCGCAGUUUAUUUAAAAAAUGGGAUCGAAAGGUACUGGCGUCCGAAUUCCCGGCAGGAACUGUCCGCAGAGCAAAAGCAGCAAAUCCGAGAUGUCCUGCUUCAGCACUAUGAUGCCGAAGACGUUCCUCAGGUGGCACUGCAGGUGGCGGUAUUGCUGGGUCGCAUUGCCCGGAUAGAUUAUCCACGGUUCUGGCCAGACUUAAUGCCUGCGCUCAUGAAGCAGCUUCAAGCAUGUGGGAACGAUGGUUCAGCGGAGCGACAACGGCGCAUCCUAUUGGCGCUACACUAUGUGAUCAAGGCGCUGGCGUCGCGUCGUCUGAUGGCUGAGAAGCGCGCCUUCGAGGAACUGGGCAGCCAAAUCUUUAGCUACCUCGCCUGGGAUAUUUGGAGCGUGCUGACCACGCGCUUCCUGCAGCUGGUUAAAACGGCGCCGGAGCCAGAGGCGCUAAACUGUCUCCAACGUGUCUACAUUGUGAUGAGAUCGCUGCGGAAGUUGGCAGUCUACGGCUGCGCCAAGCCCUUCAAAUCGACUGACCACAUGAAUUUCAUAGAGCAGUUGUUUUCCCAACUGCGUCAGUGCCUUGAGUUGCGCUACGAGCUGAGAUUGGCGGGGCGGACGACGGUGGUCGCAGAAUUGGAACGCUUUGUGCUGAAAAUGAUGAAGACGCUCAAUGAGUUUAUGGAGCGGCAUUCUGUGUCCUUUGCGCGCUUUGUUCCAGUGGCUCUGGACUUUAGCUUUCACUAUGUCUUCCACGAGGGCACUGCCCUUAUUUUUGAUGCCGGAGAGCACAUCAACUUUAGCAACUUUGCCAUACAAGCGCUCAACAUGCUAAAGGGCAUUAUGAUGAGUGGCAAUGAUAGCAUAUCGCAGGAUUCGACGACCAGUGGAGGUGCUUCUCUGGAAGACGAGCUGUUGGCAGGGGCGGCGCAGGCGCAAACGAAAUUCUUCACCUGGCAGCGUAUUACGUACAUCUGUGAGAAAAUUGUUACUCACUAUUUUCUACUAACACAGGAGGAGCUGGAGGAAUGGCAGCAGGACCCAGAGGGCUAUGGACAGGACGAUGGUGGCGGUGACGCCUGGAAGUAUGCACUGCGUCCUUCAGUGGAAACACUCUACUUUACGUGCUUCACACAACACUCGUCGGUGAUGAUUGCCGAGGUGCUAAAAUUUGUGCGCAAGGCUCAGCAACUGGAACUGAGUGCUGAUUCCGAUCUGAAAGCUAUACUGUUGAAGGAUGCCAUAUACAAUGCGGUGGGACUGGCUUCGUUUCAUUUCUUCAACAAGCUGGACUUUGGCGCCUGGCUGACUUCGCAGCUGUUAGCCGAGCUGCGCAUCGAUGCGCCCAAUUUUCGAAUAUUGCGUCGUCGAAUCAUCUGGCUGGUAGGCCAUUGGGUUGGGGUCCAGCUGCCGCGUGAACUACGGCCAGUGGCCUAUGAAGCGUGUCUGCAUCUGUUGCGCCCACAGGAGGACAUGCCAAUCAGAUUAGCUUCUGCACGCACCCUAAAUGUGCUCAUCGAUGACUUUGAAUUUGCUCCGGAGGCAUUCCAUCCGUACUUCAAUGCAUUAUUCGAUGCCCUCUUCGUUCUGCUGCGCGAGUCUUGCGAGUGUGAUACCAAGAUUGUUGUGCUCGCUGCCAUGACCCUUUUAGUGGAGAAGAUGAGCGAAUUUAUUGAGCCACAGGCGCUGCAGUUUAUCGCCUUUUUACCGCUGCUCUGGAAGGAGAGCGAGGAGUACAACAUGCUGCGUUGUGCCAUUAUCAGUACAUUGGAGCAGCUGGUGCGCACCAUCCGAGAUGUACCAGAAGAAAUGAAGCCAUUCCUCUACAGCGUUAUCGAUCUGAGCACAGAUCUACAGCAACGCUCUCAUGUUUAUCUCAUCGAGGACGGCAUCAUGCUUUGGGUGGCUGUCAUUGGCAAUUCCACGGUGCUGACCUCUGAGCUGUUGGCCCUCUGCGAUCACCUGUUGCCCAUUAUUGAGAUGUCCUCUGAGAAUUUACGCACCGUAUUGCAGCUAAUCCAUGGAUAUAUACUUCUCGAUGCUCAGGCCUAUCUCACACGCUAUGGCGAGAGCUUUGUUAGCUAUUGCGUGCGCUCCUUUGAAGACAUAAGGACUGAAGGCAUAAUAGCAAUGCUGCGCAUCUUCGAGACUUGUCUAAAAACUGACGCGACAAUGGGCCUGCGCCUCGUGCGACCCGCUCUGCCCUUCAUCUUCCAGCAGGUGUAUUUGAAACAGGAGUAUCCCAUGACCAUGGGCUGGUAUUUGACGCUUGUGGCGCGCACGCUCCUCAUCGAUCAGUCUGUUUUCAUGUCUGUGAUCCAAGAGCUGCAGAAUUCGGAUGCAUUGGCUGUCAUUCUGGACGUUUGGAUUGAAAUGUUUCCCCUUGUGCCCGACACGCACGCCGAGAAGCGCAAACUCUUCUGCCUCGCGUUCGCCUCCAUUUUCGGGGACAACGAAUUGCUUUUGGCGCGGUUUGCGCACAUCAUGCAGUUAAUUGACGAAACCCUGGCGGAGGUCAUGGACAAGCAGUACGCGGCCACCGAACAGGACCUCAACGACUCUGGCGAGGCGGCCACGUUGGCUACGCCCCGCUACUACGACUCUCUGGUCAUCCACGACGAGCACGAGCUGGACGAUUUUCAGCUGUGCAUCGAGGACUUUCACUCCAAAACCUAUCACGAUGACCGCCACAGGCAGCUAGUGCUCAAGGAUCCAGUCUACAAGAUACCGCUCACUGAGUAUCUGAAAUGGCAGCUACAGACGCUGCAACAACAGUUGGGCGCUGAGCGUUACGAGCAACUUCUUCGAAAUGUCUGCCCCGAAGUGCUGGAAAGGAUUAACAUGUAUAUCGAGCAAACGGUGCCCAAGGCGUGCGUUGUGUGCGCAGGAAGUGGCGAUGAUUCCGGCGCAGGAGGCGAUCAGGCGGACAAUGCUCCCACGAUCGUUUGAUGAACGUUACCAAAGUUGAUGAUGAUCACGUCGAGUCAAAGUUACACACACAGACACAUACCCACGUGCGUGCCGUGUUUGGCAGGCGCUUGAGAAGCUUUUUACGCUAAGUUAUUAAUGUAUUUUGUAUUGAAAUUAUAUAUUUUUAAUUGUUUUCCUUAAA